AUGAUGAUCUUAGUCAUCUAUUUCUAUCUUUUCACCACAUCAACAUAUUAUUAUCGUCAUGAUAUUGAGAAAAUUUUGCAUAAUAUCACUACUUUCGGAUUCUCGAUACAGAUGUCUGCAAAAAUUUACUUGUUCGUUAUAUGUCAAAAGAGGAUUACAGAAAUACAUGAGUUAAACCUAAUAUUUUUUGAAGAUAACUGUUCCAACUCUAGCAACGUCAAGAAUGCUUUGGUCAAGAAUGCCAUGCUCACCAAUGUAGUACUGAAGUUGACUGCAAUGAGUACAGUCAUGUUGUGCGUUAUAUUGGCAUUUGCUCCAGUUUUAUAUAGCAUAAUUACCUCAGAUAAGCUAUUGCCCUAUGGUUUUGAAUGGGUCCACUCCAAUACAUGGACUGCCUACUUUAUUAACUAUCCUUUUCAGUGUAUCACUACAUCCUAUGUUGCGCUAGCUACAGUUUCGACGGACGCAACAUUCAUUCUCUACUUAUUGACAGGUUGUGGUAAAGUAGACACACUCAUCGCUAUGUUUCAAGAUCUGAAUGUCAUGAUUGAAAGAAAUGUGAGCGAACAUGGAACUACAGAACAGCUUACAAAAAUCAUAAAACUUAACCAGCAUUUGAAGUGGUACAUGGCAAGUGUUGAAAAGACUUUCAAAGGAUAUUUCUUAGUAACACUGGGAUGUCUUUCUCUUAAUAUGAUCAUUUCUGCAACCGCUGUCAUUUUGAUCAACUGGUUCAUGGGAGUAGUAGUCGUACUGUUUUCAACAAUUCAACUGUUUUACGUAUGUUUUCUCGGCACCUUCUGGCAGAUUAAGAAUGAUGAGCUAUUGAUUGAAGUAUGGUUUUUCGAUUGGUAUAAACUGUCCGUGAAAAAUCAGAAAUCAUAUCUUCUGUUUCUAAAUGCUGCUCAAGCUCCAGCUACUUUAACGGCAAUCUUCAUACCACUGAACAUGUCCGCUUAUCUGACUAUUCAUAAAACUUUGUAUUCGAUAUGUAUGAUUCUUAGUCAGUUUUCAGAGUAA